UCCAUUCUAUGCAUCAAUUACCAUCAUUCCUCUCUCCCCGUGAGCCUUGUCCAAAUGCAAACAAAUAUCGGUAUCAUCUAUAAAAUUUACAUUAUCGCCUCCGAUAAAAAAAAUGACCUUAAAUAGCCAGUAAAGCCAGCAAAGAUGCUAUUUUUUUGCCAUUAUUUCACUUACCUUGCACUUUCUUGGUUUCUUGGAUUGUUUCAAAGCUUUUCUGGCAAUGAACAAGCUAACAAAGAAAGAAUGAAAGAUUAGCUUCACAAGGGCUGAUAAUAUUUUAUUCGAACAAAUGAAGAAAAGCUUAGUUGCUACAGAGGGUUUAGGUUAUUUUCCAAGUCCUGGAGCUCCCAAGGGAUGGAGUUCAGAGCGUGUGCCGCACCCAACAAGUACCAGCAGCAGCAAGAGGCACAUAAGUGCUGCUGCUUUGACACCAUUUUAUAGUGGAAGGACAUUGCCUUCUAAAUGGGAAGAUGCAGAGAGGUGGAUUUGUAGUCCAGUUUCAGGUUACGGUGUUACCAAGACUCCUUCUUUACAUUCUCAGUUUCAGAGGCGGCCUAAGUCCAAAAGUGGGCCUAUUGUGCCUCCUGUCAUGGGGCAGUAUUCACCUGCUAUGCAGCUUCUUGAUCGUGGUGGUGCGAAGAAUUUUAUGGCAGCGUCUCCAUUUUCGACUGGAGUUUUAGUACCUAAUGGGGUUUGUCUUAACUAUGGUGUUGAGCAGGGCUAUUUGAUGAAGAGUGAGAGCCAUGUGGCCCGCUCCAGUAGUGUACCUGGUUGGUCAGAUUUGGUUAGUGAGAAUUCGUUGACAAGCUCUCAAGAUGAGAAGCUUGAUGAAAUCUUGGAUGCCGAAAACAUGGCUUCUCAGGUGCCGUCACAAAGAGAUAUGGCUACACAAAUGAGCCCUGAGGGUAGUUCCCAGUCAUCUCCUAACUCUUCUUACGAACCACAGAGUGAUUAUCCUGCUAAAUUGGAGAUUAGGGAGGUGCAAGUAGAUAAACGAGCCACCAUGAUAAGCUGUUCCAAGAAACAUGAAUCCAGAAUCAUUAAGAAAGGCGUGCCAGAUAUUGAGGAAUUGUUCCAAAAUCCAACUGGCACUUGUGCUUCAUCUUGGGAGCUUACAGAGGCAGCAACUAGCAUUUCAAAGUUGGAAAGAGAAGAAGCCAAGAUUGCUGCAUGGGAGAAUUUGCAGAGGGCAAAAGCUGAGGCAGCCAUUAGGAAACUUGAGAUGAAACUGGAAAAGAAAAGAUCCCGCUCUAUGGAUAAGAUCUUGAAUAAGUUAAAAGUAUCUCAGAGGAAAGCAGAAGAAAUGAGAAGCUCUAUCUCUAUCACUCAGGAAGAACAGGUUCCCCAGACUUUGCACAAGUUUAGGUUCUUCCAAAAGCAUGUGCAGAAGAGUUCCUUCAGGACCUGCUUCACUGGCCAUGGCACAUAGCUUUGCUCUUAUAUCUAGUUCCAAAUUUUGUAUAUGCCUACCGCUAUUUUAGGCGUCAAUUGUCUUCCCAAAUUGGAAUCAGGAGGUUUUACAUUGCAAUGCUUAAUACUCUGCUGUUGAUGAAACUUGGUUAUAAGUACAUAUAGUUUGUAAACUUUUUGCAUCUCAAUGACUUGAUGCUCUUUUUUAAACAAAGAACCCUUUCACUUGUGGUAUUGUUGGGGGAAAAAAUUAGGAAGUAUUUUUCAA